GAAUCGUCAAAACGGGAAUAUUCAAGUCUGAGCGGCGUUGGAGGCAAAACACAGUGAGUUUUAUCAGUUUUCUCCCUUUUCCACAGCAUUUUCCACCCCAAUUGAUAAUGGAAAACAACGCUGAGAUUAAAAUCAAGGAAUUGAUCUAUGCAAAUUAUGCUUCAAGUGUAAAAAAGGAGCUUUUAGCCGAUAUCGACUCUCUUUUCGAUGGAUUGAGUGCCAGUAUCUUCCUGCCGCUAACUGUAGUCCCUCUGGGGGCUAAGAGGGUGCUAGAUGUGGAGGACUUGUUUUUAAAGUUCGACAAAAAACUCAGGAAUGGAGUUAAGGAACAAUUUGAGACAAUGUGGGAAGAUAGCAAUAUUUCACAGUGUUUGAGUGCUCUGGAAUGCCUGAGAGAGGAGGCCCCGGACAAAUCAGCCGUGCAAUGGAGACCAUCAGGGAAGACCCCAAGGGAACAAUUAAUUCCGUACAUUGUGAAGACUCUCCAGAAGAAAUGCAGUUAUCUCGAUAGGCAGAAUAUUUACCAGGAAAAGCUAUUCGAUGAGUAUGUGCCAAGAGUCAUGGAGAUCCGGGAGAAGAUUGGGCAGAUUGUGACAACCCGAAAGAUCCACCUGGAGCUAAUGGAAGUUCACAGGAAGCAGCUGGAAGCUGAGAAGGACAGAAACAGAUUGUUCGAUGAAGGAGAAAAAAUAUUGGAUUUAAUUCGAGAAUAAAUGAUUUAUUUGUCUAUAAUA